AUCAUGUUCUUUUUUUGCCUUUUACUCUAAUCAUCCACCAUCACCAUUCGUCUUUCACCAUUCUUUUCUUACUUUCCUUUCUUGUUUUCUUUCAGCUUGAAAUAUUGUUAUAGUCGGAGAAUAAUCAACCGUUAUUUGGAGUGAAAAAGUGAAAAUACAGGCAACAAAAAAAUAAAAAAAAAAAUUCUUCAUUUUUUUGUUGCCCUGUUUUUCCUUUUCGCAAACUUCAUCACUCUCAUCUUCUCUCAUCCCGCUUUAUCAUCGCCUCACACUCUUUCAACCAUGACGGUUCAGGAGAUGUUGCAGAAACUACUUCAUCCGCCACCACUGGCUGUCGUUGUCCUAAUUGUGUCAUUCAUCGUCUUGUUACCUCAAAAACAUAAACAAUGGAUCUCCAAGUCAAUGGCGUCUAUACUAGUAUUCGAUUUAAUGAUGCUCAUGGAGACACUACCUAUACCAAUACAGACGCAGGAAGGAUUUGUCUUCUUCAAAGCUCGUAUCCUGGACCCAUUGACUAGAAUUCUCUUGGGUUGGGAAAGCGACGAUAACGACACCAGGGGUCAAUCAGUUUCAGGAGCUGAUCGAGCCUUCACAUCAUCGUCGUUAUUGUUUCCCUUACUUCCGGAACACUUUAAUGCCACCAGAUCUCACUCAUCCGAUAGGUCAAAGAUCACUAGCCGAGCUCAGUUGCAACAGCUUCGUCAGGGCAACACAAAUACAUCUACACAAGGUUUAUUUGCUGCUCUUGAAGAUACAAAGAUCUCCACAACCCCCUCGUUUCCUUAUGUCUAUGGUCUUGUCAAUACCGGAAAUUCUUGUUUUUUAAAUUCCGUGUUGCAGGCCCUUUCUGCCCUAACAAUUCUACCACAGUAUUUGGAAUCUAUCUUGAGCCGCUCAGAUGGAUUACACUUGGAGGAUGAUGAAGUCCAAGUAACCGAGGCAUUGCUAGAUACCGUAGAAGCAUUGCAAAAACCACUUGGCUCCCACCAAUCUUUCCGACCAAGAGCCAUUGUGUCAGCUCUAGAGGAAUCACGUGCCAAGGAUUCAAAGUCAUCUCGGUAUCAUAUCAUGAAUCGGGAACAGCAGGAUGCACAGGAACUGUUCCAAAUCAUCUCGAGUGCCUUGAGCUCUGAGGAGAUGACCAUUCAGAGGCUUCAGGCUACUCGCCCUUUAUUGAAUCUGGACUUUUUGAAGAAGCUUAUUCGGCUUGGACGUGAUCAAAAUGAGCAUCAGCUCAGGAAGCAGGAUUCAAACCCAAUGAUUGGGAUGUUAGCUAGUCGACUAUCGUGUGUACAAUGCGGCUAUACAGAGGCAGUUCGACACUUCACAUUUGACAACCUUUCCUUAUCGUUACCUUCGUCUCACUCUUGUAGUAUCGAGGACUGCCUCAGGCAAUAUAUUAAUCUUGAAUCUCUUCACGAUGUGAUUUGUCGCAAGUGCUCCUUACUUGCUACACUUACAAGGACCAUAAAUGAGAUCAAGCGACUGGACAGUCAAUUGCCCAGCCCGUUCAAGAAUGUAUCUCGACAGUUGGAUCGAAGUAGCUAUACCGACAUCUCAUCAGAGGACGAUAGCAAUGACUUGUAUUCAGAAAGUGACGAAGGAUCGAUCAUGGAUGACUCUGACGAUGAUAUAGUGAUGUCAAAAGUGACACCGAGAACCUUUCAAUCAGAUAAGACCAUGGCGACAACAAUAUCCAAGUUGAAACAUCAAAAAACAGUCUUAGAGGAUGCUCUCAAGUCAGACGUGGAGAGACCUCUCCCGGACAUUAAGCUUUUAAAAGUGGUUUCUCGCCAUUGCACCAAACAGGUCAUGAUUGCCAAGCCGCCACCAGUAUUAUGUCUUCAUUUUAUUCGCUCUCAGUACUCCGACUAUGGGACUGUAUCAAAGAACAGUUGUCAAGUUCGUUUUCCCGAGUAUCUAGAUAUAUCUGCAUUCUGCACAACAGGCGUUCUCUUGACGCAUCCAACGUUGCCCUUGUCCAUCUCGGACCAAGAUUUGGAGAGGAUGGGUUAUGAUUGGGAUAGACCCGUGGCAAAGACCAAACAACAAUCGAAGCAGACAAAGCAAGGACAUAAUCAUCAGCAAUCACAACCACAGCAACAACAGUCUUCACAUAAACAUACAAGGGUCAUAUACAAGCUGCAGUCGAUUGUUGUCCACUAUGGCGGGCACUCAUACGGUCAUUUUAUUGCAUACCGUCGGAAACCUGAAAACAUGUUGUCCAAGAUUGGUACUGUAGGCCUUGGGUUGGAAUCUAUGAAGGCAUCAAGGGCUGGGUCAUUUCAUGGCGGCAGUGGAGUGGAAGAUUGGUUCAGAGUGUCGGAUGAAAUGGUCGAAUCUGUAACGCUGGAUCAUGUUCUGAGAUCAAACCCUUAUAUGUGCUUAUAUGAAAGAGUGGAACUGCCAGAAGACAGGAUAGAAAAGGUUUCAGGGACGGUAACUUCGAGUCUAUCAUUGCAAGCUGUAGAACUUGGUCUCCGGAAACUUUUGUUGCGUAAUCUCAAGUCUUAUGAAGACGGCAGCAGGACGGCAGCUAAGGAAAUGGAAGAAAGUCAGCAGGAUCUUUUAGGGUUGCUACUGGACCCAAAUCAAGUCGAUCUGACAACUAUUACAGAAAAAAAAUAUGCUAGCCUGUUCAGAGAACAACCUAAAGCCAUAUCGGCAUUAUCACGGAUGGGGCGUUCUGGGUAUGAUGAGGACAUGUCAGAUAUGGACAGCGUUCAGUCCUAUGACGAAGACCGAGCUUGGAGGUCUUUUGUAUCGUCACCAAACUCAACCAUGCCACCGUCACCAAACACAGGCUCAUCCGAUUCUUCAGCGGCCUCAUCUUCAUUCGCAUCUCCCAUUUUAAAGCAACGCAAAAACAAAAACAAAAAGAAUAAGACUUCAUCAUCAAUGUCUACUUCACGGACCCAGUCGAUUGUUAUUCCGGACCUGGAUUUGGCGUUCAAUGUUAUUGAGGACUCUAUACCAUCACCACACUCGUCACUCUCCACACCUAUCAAUAUGCCAAAAUCCACAAGUCCAGCAAUAUCUUUCAACACCACAACAAAAAGUGAUUUAUCAUUACCAUCAAGUUCUCCAAGGACACACGCAUCAUCAACAGCAAUUUUGCAUUCACAUUCUUCAUCAAAGGCACGAACUCGCAGAAAGAAUUAGCCAAUCCUACCUUUUGUAUUGAAUUAUAUCAAAAAGCAACAUUUGAGAAGGAGGAGGAUGGAGGCCUCAUAGUAAUAAAAAAAAACAAAAAGCCUCGAUUCUUGGAUUUUAUUAGUCACUGCAAC